AUGCUCUCGUCUGCCCUCUGCGCAUGCCCCAUGGCACAGACCUCCCCUGUACCUCCUUUUUUCUUGUGUUUUUUCCGUGUUCCCGUGCGUUUGCCUUCCAGGACAGGUGCCUGACGAGGAAGCGAGGCAGAACGGGCAAAGCCGCUGCAGCCGGGGCCUCCCCAAGCCGGUCUGCAUGAACGGGACGGAGCCAGCCCAGCUCAGCGGGAAGACGAAGGCCGAGCGGAGGGCCAGCGCCUCGUCCAACCCUUCGCGCAAAGCCUCGUCUUCCACCAGCAGCAAGAUUCGGAAGCUGUCCACCUGCAAGCAACAGUGACGGCCUCAGCAUCGCCCACCGCAGGUCUGUGCCUUCCUCUUCGCCUUCCUCUCUUUUUCCGGAAAGGUGGUGCCGCCCAGUGGUUAGAGCGCUUGCUUUGCAUGCAGAAAGUCCCAGCUUUAGUCUCCAGGAGAGCCCUUGCCAGUCACUUUUGGCAGCGCUGAACAGCGUGGGUCAGUGAUUUGACUCGUAGAAUCGUAUAAAGCGGGAGUAAUAAUAAUAAUAAUAAUUAUUAUUAUUAUUAUUAUUAUUAUUAUUAUUAUUAUUAUUUAUACCCCGCCCUCCCCAGCCACUCUGGGCGGCUUCCAACAGAACACUAAAACACAAUAACCUAUUCAACAUUAAAAGCUUCCCUAAACAGGGCUGCCUUCAGAUGUCUUCUAAAAGUUUGGUAGUUAUUUUUCUCUUUGACAUCUGGUGGGAGGGCGUUCCACAGGGCGGGCGCCACCACCGAGAAGGCCCUCUGCCUGGUUCCCUGGAACUUGUAGCGAGGGAACCACCAGAAGGCCCUCGGCGCUGGACCUCAGUGUCCGGGCAGUAUCAAGUUAACCAGAGGAACUCACUGCUACAAGGUGUUUCUCAUGCAUUCAGGGCCAUCUAGACUCGCUAGCAUCCUUUCUGGGGUGUUUUAAUUCCCCCCCCCCAAAAAAAAAAAUUAAGAGGGAGCUUCCGACUCUUACGUACUAACCAAGGCAGGGUUUUGUUUUUUUUUUAAUGCAUGUAUUGUGUCUCUGACCUUAAGCAAGCAGGGAUCGCGGAGCGGGGCAGACGCGAUCGGCUCGUGCAUCCAGCUUUCAUUUGACUUGACGUAUAUCCCUCCCUUUCCCAGCUCUGCAGAAAACCCCGAAUCCCUCCUCCUUCUCUCUCUUGUCUCCCCACCCCGAACAAAAUAAUAAUAAAAAUCCCUCCCUCCCCGGCUGUUUUCGCCCAGCUCUCCUGAUUCAUAAGCUCAGCCCAGGAAGAAAGAAGAGAAAAUUAUUCAUCUGUGAUCUGCCCACCCCCGCCUGGCCUCGCCGCAGUAAUGCACUUAGCCGGUGGCGCCUUCUCUUCCUUGCAACCCCCCCCCCCCAAAAAAAAGCUUUUAUCUCCUUGGCUCGCAACCAGGUUUCUCCAUUCUCCCCUCCCUCCCCUGUUCUUCUUUCGUCUCCUUCCUCACUCCCAGCUAAGUCUCCGAAUAGCUUCGGAAAAUAAGAUGGAACGAGUAUCUCAUGCAAGCGAGACUGAAUCUGUAUCGGGGGGGUGUUGUCCCCCCUCAAAAAAAAACACAAGAAAACUCCAAGAUAAAGAUAUUUGCAGACGAGCAUCGCCCCCCCCCCCCCAGGAAAAGGUGGCUGUUGAGCUUUUGCUUGCCGGCCCGCCCAAGGCAAGCCCCCAAAUAAUCCAGCCGAAAUCUUCUCUCCAGUCCCUUCAUUCAAUCAAGUCCUUUGCAGCAGCAAAAGAAGAAAAUCUCUUUUGCUUUUUUGGAAGCAGGUGGUCGUGUUUGCAUCUCUUCUUCCCCUCCAGGCUAAACCUUUCUCCAUCUCGACCCCCCCUUCUGUGAACCGCCCACCCCACCCCAUGUUCCAGUUUGCCUUCGGCCGCUUUUGCUUCGCCCCAGAACUGGACGCAGGUUUCCUGCUUUAAUUCGGGGGCCGAAGCGAAACCGGGACUUCGGAAGCGGCGGUUCCCUUUAGCGCAGCCGAAGAUUGCGUUUGGCUUCUUUGCAGAUGCGUCGCGCUGCUGGCUCGAGGUUUUUAUUUUUACUUCUUGGCCAAGAUAGCAGGCUCUCUCUUUUCUCGCUUUGAACCUACUCCCGGUAGACCUGCUGCAACUUAGCAAGAUGUGUUGUCUGUGGAUCUCCUCUGCAGGCCCAGAAAGCCAUGAUAAACACUAGAAAGACCCCUCUCUGCCCUGGCCAGCUGCCCCGACUAAGCCUCGCUAAGGCUUUUCCCCUUCUGCCUUGAAAGACCCCGGACAUCGGGCCCCCGUACUGUUUUCCGGCGCUUGCUAAAAACGUUUCUGCUUGGACGGGCCAACCCAGACGUUUAAAAAGCUUGUGCAUCUUUUAGCCUGUUGUUAAAAGAUGGAAUGUCUUAAAUGAAAUGUUGCCGAUUUUUCUCAGAAUCAGAGAACUGGGGGGGGGGGGGGGGUGGAAGAGGACCAUAGCAGUCAUUUAGUCCAAUGCAAUGAAGGGUUCUUUUUCCCCCAGCAUGGGUCUCUCUCUCUCUCUCUAUUGUUUAAAAAAAAUUAUGUCACCUGCUGUUGUCCUGUUGUUGUCCUGUGUGAGCACCUAGAGGCAGUUGGAGGAUGGAUGGUGGCUAAUGGAUUGAGGUUGAAUCCUGACAAGCAGAAGUACUGUUUUUGGGGGACAGGGGCGGGCAGGUGUGGGGGAUUCCCUGGUCCUGAAUGGGGUAACUGUGCCCCUGAAGGACCAGGUGCGCAGCCUGGGAGUCAUUUUGGACUCACAGCUGUCCAUGGAGGCGCAGGCCAAUUCUGUGUCCAGGGCGGCUGUCUACCAGCUCCAUCUGGUACGCAGGAUGAGACCCUCCCUGCCCGCAGACUGCCUCGCCCGAGUGGUGCAUGCUCUGGUUAUCUCCCGCUUGCACUACUGCCAUGCGCUCUAUGUGGGGCUACCUUUGAAGGUGACCCGGAAACUACAACUAAUCCAGAAUGCGGCAGCUAGACUGGUGACUGGGAGCGGCCGCCGAGACCACAUAACACCAGUCUUGAAAGACCUACACCGGCUCCCAGUACAUUUCCAAGCACAAUUCAAAGUGUUGGUGCUGACCUUUCAAGCCCUAAACAGCCCAGUAUCCCUGAAGGAGCAUCUCCACCCCCAUUGUCCAGCCCGGACAGUGAGGUCCAGCUCCGAGGGCCUUCUGGCGGUUCCCUCGCUACGAGAAGCAAAGCUACAGGGAACCAGGCAGAGGGCCUUCUCGGUAGUGGCACCCGCCCUGUGGAACGCCCUCCCUUCAGAUGUCAAAAAGCUAAACAACUACCUGACAUUCAGAAGACAUCUGAAGGCAGCCCUGUUCAGGGAAGUUUUUAAUGUGUGAUAUUUUAGUGUAUUUUUGGUCUUUGUGGAAGCCGCCCAGAGCGGCUAGGGAAACCCAGCCAGAUGGGCGGGGUACAAAUAAUAAAUUAUUAUUAUUAUUAUUAUUAUUAUUAUUAUUAUUGAAUGAAGGGUGGUAUGCAGAUGUUGUUAAUAAUAAUAAUUGUAGUGGGGUUUUUUAAGUUUUAAAUUAUGCACCCUUUUUUGCACAUGGGUAACUGUGACGCAAGGGAGCAGCAUGCAACAAAUCGCAGAACUUUUUCUGACGUCCAAUUUCUCUUUCUCUCUCUCUCUCCCUCCCCCCUUUUCUUUUUUUUAAACUCUUUGCAGCCAGAGCCCCGAAUUACUGCGCUUGGCGGCCGCCGUAUCCCCUCCUCGGCUCUCUGUGCAUCUUUCCCCCCCUCCACCGGCCGUGCCCUUGCCCCCCCAUGCCGGCAUCCCUGGUAGCCGACCCCCGUAG